AUGGUUGAGAUUAUUAGCUUACUUUCAUCCCCGGAGAUAUGUCUACAGCAACCAGCAUCAAGACCAUCAACUAGCGAGCGUAGGUCUUUUGGACACGGCAAAGAUAUUCUCUCGGACAUUUUGGAUGAUUCGCUGUUUGAUAUUGAAGAAGUUACAAAUCCGCCAAAACGGCGGAGAUUGAGUCCCUCUUUGGAUAUUUCAUCGAUAUCGCCCCAGCCCCGUCCAAAUGCGAGAGCUGUGCUGUCCUCCUUGCUUGCGGAUGAUUCCCCGCAGGUUGGGGAGAGCUAUCAAUUUGAGGGAAACCAAUCCUGCCGGUUCAAGGACUGGGAUGACGAGAUCUCCGAUCCUGACACACGGCUCUCAUCUGGGGGUAGAGCUCGUGUUUCUUACCGUGGACGAGAUCCAAAGGGUUCUACGGAUGUGAUUAUCAUCGAUAAUGAUUCGGAGGACCUGGAAGGCAAUGGGAUAUUACCAAACUGCUUUGACCCCGCUCCUCCUUCUGCUUCUCGGCUGGCGUACUCUGAUCGUACCUCCAGUCUUUUAGUCAGGCUACAUGAUCGACGAGAGGACAGUGGGAAAGCGGUUAUGAAGUCUAAAGCUAGCAUAUCUUUGUCCGAUGAGGAUUCAGGCCUUCCAAGAGUGGCUCGAACUAGAGUAAAACGACCCGCGGACAGUUCUGCUUCCGACAAGACAGCUAAAGCUCUUGUAAGAGAAGCGGCUAAAUUCCGGCGUGAAAAAGAAAAGGCAGAAGAAAAAGAGCGUAAGCGUAAUUUAAAAGAAGAAAAGGAGAAAGCAAAGAAGUUCGCCGCGGACAUUGCACAAGCGAACAAAUUAAAAAUCAAUAAGAAGGAGAGCACUCCGGAGAUGUUAGUUGAUAUGUCUCAAUCUUUUGAGGAUUCUAGCGUGGGAACCCAAGUUGGUGAAUAUAUGCGCCAUCUUGGGGUGCAGAUAAGAUUUGUUUCCACGAAAAUACCGAAUAUCGUAUCCUGGCGACGCAAGAUCACUGCUUUUUACAACGAUGAAGUAGGCCAUUGGGAGCCAUGUCCAUUGAAAAUCCGGAGAGAAGAGCAUGUUUUGUGCUUUUUGAGUGCGCAGGAAUUUGUGAACCUGGUGGUCGCUCCUGAGGUAGAUCAGAGCGUCGAGUCCCACUUGCGGAAACUUUUGCGAGAUUAUCCUGGCUGCAAACCAAUCUACCUCAUUGAGGGGCUGACUGCAUGGAUGCGGAAAAAUCAAAAUGUUCGAAACAGAGCAUAUCAGGCUGCCGUUCGGCGACAGAUGGUUGAGCUCGGCAACUCCGCCACUGAAUCCGGUCCUUCAAAUAGAAGGUCAAAAAGGGCCGCGCCACCGGAACCCCCCAUUGACGACGAUGCUAUUGAAGACGCGUUGCUUCAACUUCAAGUUCAGCAUAACUGCCUAAUCUAUCACACUGCUGCUGCUGCGGAGUCUGCCGAGUGGAUCAAGAAUUUCACGGAACACAUAUCUACAAUUCCAUACCGACGAGAGCGACUCAACGUGCAAGACGCUGUGUUUUGCAUGGAUUCUGGACAGGUGAAAUCCGGUGUGGAUGUGGAUGAUACAUACAUCAGGAUGUUGGAGGAGAUCCAACGAGUAACAGCACCGGUAGCGUAUGGCGUCGCGGUGGAAUAUAGCAGUGUGAGAGACCUAGUAAAUGGAAUGAGGGAGCACGGACCGUUGAGGCUCCAAGAUGCACAGAAAUGCGCAAAUAAAUCCGGGGCGUUGACCGAAGCGCGAAUUGGCCCCGCAGUGAGCAAGCGCCUCCAUAAAAUAUUCACAAGUUUGGAUCCCGCUUCCACCGAUAUCUAA